AAAAUUGUUCUCAGUUUGGAAUGUUGCCUUAGAUUCUAAACUGAGGUUGUGUGCUACUUGGUUCGAAUGUGAAUUGAUUCGGCGAGUCGAAAAAAAGAGAAUAAUCUUGCGGAUAUCGCGACGCAAGAAGGAAAGGCUUUUAUCGCGGAUUUAAAAUGAGACUCAGCUGAACGACAUUAUUAAUUUCAUCCCUUUUCGCAUCGGAUACGGGCUAUCUAUCCAUCUGUCUGUCUCGCUCUAAAUCGUUGUGUACAAAUCGUAGACAAUGCAAAGCGUAAUAAAUUCCGUGAAGGGCACUGCGUUGGGCGUUGCCGAAUACUUGACGCCGGUGCUGAAGGAAAGCAAAUUCCGAGAAACUGGUGUCUUGACACCAGAGGAGUUUGUAGCAGCUGGCGACCAUUUGGUGCAUCAUUGUCCCACAUGGCAAUGGGCUACCGGCGAUGAAGAUAGGGUCAAGUCUUACUUACCAAAGGGUAAACAGUUCCUUCUUACUCGUAAUGUUCCCUGUACACGUCGAUGUAAACAGAUGGAAUACAGCAAUGAGCAAGAAUGUAUUAUCGAAGCUGACGAUCCUGAAGGUGGUUGGGUGGACACCCAUCAUUAUGCCACUAGUAUCGCUGGCCUAGAUGAAAGAGUGACAGAAAUGACAUUGGAAGAGACACUGGGAGAACCAUCUCAAUUUCAAGAUAACGCAGACGAGGACGAGGAUGAUGAGGAUGCUGCUGAUAUGGAUGCUUUCGAAAUUAGUGGCAUGCUAGAUGAGCAAGAUAAGCAUGCCGUGACGGAAAGCACUAAAAAGAAUAGCCACGAGAAACGAGAUUUAUUUACGGAGGGAGAGAUUAUUCACACUCGCACCUAUGACUUGUACAUUACAUAUGAUAAAUAUUAUCAAACACCCAGAUUAUGGUUGUUUGGCUACAACGAGAAUCGGAAGCCGCUUAGCGUAGAAGAGAUGUACGAAGAUGUUAGCCAAGAUCAUGCUAAGAAGACAGUUACGAUGGAGACUCACCCUCAUAUACCUGGUCCUCCUAUGGCUUCUGUUCACCCGUGCAGGCAUGCUGAAGUAAUGAAGAAAAUUAUGGAGACAGUGAUGGAAGGCGGUGGAGAAUUAGGAGUGCACAUGUACCUCAUAAUAUUUUUGAAAUUUGUUCAAUCCGUCAUACCAACGAUCGAAUAUGACUACACGCAAAAUUUUAUGCUAAAUGCAGCCAGCUAAAUGCAUCACUAGUAUUAAGUUAUCAGCAUUAUAUUAUGAUUAUUAUAAAUUGCUUUCCAACUAUUUAAUAGCUACACGAGAUAAUUGUGUAUCAAUGUUUACGCUUUUCAUCAUAAAUACAAGGGUCAUAAGGAUAUUUGGGAUUAUAAGGAUUCUAAAGAAUUUCGAAUUGACUUUCGAGGAUUCAGGAAUCUUGAUAAAAAUAUCGAACAUAAAUAUUUACACCUGUAAAUUGAGAAGAUAUGAAAUUGCACAUGUCUCGAGCGUAUAGCAUUUAAGGAUCCAUUUGUACACUCGUCCUAAUUAAUUUUAAUCAAAUACACUUCAAGAUAUUUUUUCUACA